AUCGUCCAUUUUGCUACGGAGUCUCAUUUUUACAAUUUUCAUGGCAGAAAAUGCUCUUUCUGUUGUUACUGUAGAAACUGGAAGAAUAAGCACCAAAGGGGAAUUCAGAGCAGGCUGUAGUGGGAUAACCAGGGAAAUGAUGGAGUUUGAUAGUUUUAUACAGGAUGCUGGGCUGGUAGAUUUACCUUUGGUGGGCAGAAGGUAUACUUGGCACAGUGCUAAUGGACAACAUAGAAGCAAGAUAGAUAGGUUCUUACUUUCAGACGAAUGGCUGAAGAAUUGGAGCGAUUUAAAACAGUGGGGUUUAGGAACAACAGUAUUUGACCACUGCCCUUUAUUAUUAAAGAAUGAAAAGGUUGAUUGGGGGCCAAAACCCUUUAAGUUCUUUGAUGCUUGGCUAGAUUACCCGGAUUGCAAACAGUUGAUAAGCCAGGUUUGGAACUCAGAUGCAGUGAGUGGAUGGAUGGGAUUUAGACUCAAAGAAAAGUUGAAAAAAACCAAAAAAGCUCUGAAGGAGUGGAGUGCAAAUCACAUGGCGGAUGUGGACAGAAGAAUAAGUGGAGCUGAAAAGAACAUAGCAGAACUGGACAGGAAAGAAGAAAACAGCCAACUCACUGCAGAGGACAUCGAGUUAAGGAGAAGUAGCUUCCUUGAUCUAUGGAAGAAUAUGAGAAUCAAAGAGAGCAUGCUGCAACAGAAAUCAAGAAAGAUGUGGCUGAAGGAGGGGGACGCAAACACAAAAUUUUUCCAUAGAAGUGUGAAGGGCAGAUGGAGAAGAAACGAAAUUAAUAGCAUCCAGAUCAAUGGGGAACAAUUUAGAGGAGUGGCUGAAAUCAGAGAGGGUGUGUUAAGGUAUUUUAAGGGGCUGUUUACAGAGGAAAAGUGGCAAAGACCAAAGCUUGACGGAAUCAGCUUUAGACAACUAGCUGAUAAGGAUAACGAUCUCCUGAUGGCAGAAUUCACUGAAAAAGAUAUCCAAAAUGCAGUAUGGGAUUGUGACUCGACAAAGUCUCCGAGUCCGGAUGGUUUCAACUUCAGGUUCAUAAAGACAAUGUGGGAGGAAAUAAAGCAGGAUGUUAUUGGAUUUGUGCAGGAAUUCCAUGAGCAUGGCAAAUUAGUAAGAGGUUCAAACUCCUCCUUCAUUACUCUAAUCCCAAAGGUCGAAAACCCCCAAAGAAUCGAGGAGUACAGACCAAUAUCACUCAUCGGAGCUAUGUAUAAGAUUCUUGCAAAGCUAUUAGCCAAUCGACUCAGGAAAGUACUGGACAAGAUCAUUGGGGAGCAGCAGAUGGCGUUUAUAGAAGGCAGACAGUUGAUGGAUGGAGUGGUGAUUGCAAAUGAGGUAAUUGACGAAGCGAAAAGGAAGAGAUUAAAAAGCUUUUUAUUCAAAGUUGACUUUGAAAAAGCUUAUGACAAGGUGAGUUGGGAUUUUGUGGAUUAUAUGCUGAUGAGGACGGGAUUCACAGUUAAAUGGAGAAAGUGGAUAAGGGAAUGCUUACAAACGAGCAUGAUCUCGAUCCUCGUGAAUGGAAGCCCCACUAAGCAAUUCUCGGUAAACAAGGGAAUAAGACAAGGCGACCCGCUAUCACCUUUUCUAUUUUUAUUAGUAGCAAAAGGUUUGAAUGGGUUAAUGCAAUCUGCAGUGGAGAAAAACUUGUUCAAAGGGGUAAGGAUCGGUAAUGGAAACAUAGCAAUAUCUCAUCUCCAGUUUGCCGAUGAUACAUUAUUCUUCGGGGAGGCCUCGGAAGAAAACAUUCAAGUAAUCAAAUGCAUUUUGAGGACGUUCGAACUUGCUUCGGGUCUGAAAAUCAACUUUGGAAAAAGUCAGAUAAUGGAGAUUGGAACCGAGGAGGGCUGGAAGGAGAGAAUGGCUUGUAGACUGUGCUGCAAAGAAGGAGAACUACCUUUCAAGUAUCUGGGAAUACCGGUUGGAGGGAAUCACAGAAAGUUAGCACUGUGGAAGCCACUGUUGGAAUCUUUCAAAAAGAAACUAGCUAGCUGGAAAGGCCAAAACUUAUCCCUUGGAGGUCGAAUCACGCUCUUAAACUCUGUGCUGUCCAGUCUACCCGUGUAUCUGAUGUCAGCCUACAAAAUCCCCAAAGGUACUCUUUACUCCUUAGAUAAAAUACGUAGGAAUUUUUUAUGGGGAGGGUUGGGAGAGGAGAAAAAAAUAAAAUGGGUUAGCUGGGAGAGGGUGUGUAGGAAGAAGGAGUGCGGAGGCCUGGGAGUAAAGGACCUAAGAAAGUUUAAUCUGGCAUUGAUGGGAAAAUGGUGGGGACGAUUAGCGAAAGGGGAGGAGGGGCUGUGGGGGAAAGUUAUAAGGGGAAAAUACGGAGAUAAUGGAGGACAGUGGAUGGAAUGGGUGAGAGAUGGACGAAGAGUGGGAUCACUUUGGUGGAGAGACUUACAAAGUCUCAAUAUCGGGGAGGAUGGGGAAGAGGGUUGGUUGACGGAGGGAUUUAGAAUAAAGAUAGGUGAAGGGAAAGGAGUGAGUUUUUGGUGGGAUGAAUGGUGUGGAGAGAACUGCCUAGCGAAUAUAUAUCCUAGACUAUAUGUCUUGUCAACAGGGAAGGAAAAAGAUUGCCAGCAAAUGGGAGAGGUUCACAAUGGCACAGGGAAGUGGAACAUGACAUGGAGAAGGGCCCUGUUCCAAUGGGAGGAGGAGGAUGAAAAGGAACUGCAGAAGACAAUCGACAAAGUUAGAAUCUACCCAGGUUGUGCAGAUAGAUGGGUGUGGAUCCAUAGCGUUGAUGGACAAUACUCAACGACAACAGCAUACGAAGUACUAGCAAAACAAAGGAGGGAAGACGAGGAGGAGAAAGUAUUCAAGAGAGUAUGGAAUCCGACCAUUCCAACAAAAGUAGCUGCUUUCAACUGGAGGGUAUUAAUUGACAGAAUCCCAACUAGGAUUAAUUUGUUCAAAUGGGGAAUCAUAAAACAUGCGGAAGAAAGGAAAUGUGUUUUGUGUAAGGAAGAGGAGGAAGACUCAAACCAUUUGUUCUUGAAUUGCAACGUAGCUAAGUGGCUGUGGAAAGCUUGUGCAAAGUGGUGGGGAAUCUCAAUAGUCCUUCAAAAAGAAUGCUGGCCAACAUUUCAACAAUUGGGAGCGUGGACAAAAAAGCCACACAAAAAGGAAGGGUGGGACUGUAUAUGGAAUGCAAUGUUAUGGACUGUGUGGAUGGCGCGCAACAAAAAGAUUUUUGACAACGCAGAGGUAAACCUGAUUAAUCUUUUUGAGCUUAUUCAAUUGAGGUCUUUUGCUUGGAUCAAAGCUAGGAAACCCAAGUGUUACUUCAAUCUAUCAGACUGGUUAAUUAACCCUGCUUCUUGCUUCAGUAAAGCAUAGUAGGAAUGUUUGAAAGAGGGUAGUAACACUGAAGGGAUUGUAAGUUGUUCAUGGAAAUGGGUUUGAGUACCCCUUGUACUCAAGUUAUCAAUAUAAUUUUCUUGGCUUU